CAUGCAUCGUCACUUUUACAUACAAGGUAGGACGUGGUACACACACUCCUUGUCGGGAAAACACCUGCCGCAAAGAAAACCAAGAUUAUACAGAGUGAUCAUUUCGGUGUAAGGAUUAUGAUGUGUGGUUGGUUGAGGAUAUGGGCUGUAAUCAAUAUGACCUGUAUCCUUCUGCUAACAACCGGAAGUUGUGGUUACGAGGAGAGGGACAGGACCGGAAGUACACUGUCAGAUAUUUUAUGGAGAAAUCAGAACGAGAUGUAUCAAGAAAUGGAAAACUGUUCCGACAGUGAACGAUUCUUUUACUCCACGGUAUUUCCAAGUGGAGUCUGUAAUGACGGUGUAAAAUGGAUAUACAAGCAGCGGAGUAACACACCAACUGUUACCUGCAUCCCGGGAUACGUAUUACGAGAGCGUUCAUGUGUCAAAGAAUGUGUUGCUGUACCAGAUGUAAAGAAAAAGCUUCCUCGGUACUUAAUUGCUAAUUCAAGUGAAGAGGAGGUAACUGACCUUGGGAACAGCACCAUGAAUGGUACAAACACAACCAAAGAAAGAGGUACUGAUCUGGAUGGAACGGGCGAGAACGGUACAAACACAACUACAGGAAAAGAAACUGAUAUUGAUCAAACGGGAGUUAACGAUACAAACACAACCAAAGACGAAAUGGAAAAUGAUGAAUGUAUUGAUGGCUGUUUGUGUGAAAACAAUUCCACAUGUGACAAAUUGACAGGUCAGUGCACGUGCAGAGAUGGUUGGAGAGGAAUUGAAUGCAAAGAAGAGUGUUCAAGAGGGACCUACGGCACACAUUGUAAUCAGAACUGUACAUGUGACGUCACUUCCUGUCAUCCUGUUGAUGGUUGUAUAUGCCGGUCACAGGAACAAAACUGUAACAUUGUGUGUCCAUCGAUGACCUUUGGCUCUGGUUGCAGUGGUCAGUGUCUGUGUUUAAGUACAGGGACGCAGGACUGCGGAGUACUGGACGGAUCAUGCACGUGUAAACCGGGCUGGACAGGCACGUUCUGUGACCAAUUGUGUCCUUUCGGACGUUACGGUGAAGGAUGCAAAAAGAGUUGUGAAUGUGAAUCAAACGAAUUCUGUAAUCCGAUUAAUGGAGUGUGUCUGUGUUGGGGGAUCAUUCCGGGAUUAAACUGCACCAAAGACGAAGAGGCUCCAACAGCAUUUCCACAAAGUCUUCUGCACAUCUCUAUCCUGGUAGGAGGGGGCCUAAUUAUCUUGAUCGCCGUGGCGUGUACCAUUGUAGCUUGGCGGCGAAAAGGGUCACAAAGCAAGAGCGAAUACAAAUUCAACAAAGAUUCCACUCUAAAAAUUGUGCAUGCCGACUUGCCCCCUAGGGAAGAUGUAUCUCGAUACCGAGAGGAGCCCGACGCCAACAUGAGAACUCAGUCCUGCAGAAAUAAAAGGAAAUCUCGUCAAGAUGGCGCCACCAGGCAAUCGGGCGUACUCAAUCUACCAUCUAGAGUUGCAUCAAAGCCACCCUCUACCGUACUCGGCUUCCAACAGUACAGCCCUACAGAGGCCGGCUCUGUUGACAUCGACGAGCUUACCAGGCAUUCAUACAUCAAUCUAAAGGACGAAGACAUAUCAAGUCAUGUGCAAGGAGCCGGAAAUGACUACGAACGUCUUGUCGAAGAUGAAAUAAAAUCCCCAUACCAAGACUACGAGGUUUGUGUCAAGAGUGACGCUCCGUACGAGAAUGUUCCUGCAAAGAAACGGAGUAUAUUAGGCUCCCUGCGGAAGCUCGUUCGGAAGGAAAGCCACCCGGAGAGUGAUAGAGUACAUCUCGCAGAAGAUACCAGUGCAGGAAUAAGAAAAAGUAGUUUCGUAACUUUCAAUAAACGAAUUUCAUGAUUCUUCAACUUCAACAAUCCUAGUGCAAAUUCCCCACCAAACUGUGUGCAGCGGAAAUAGUAGUAUUAUCUUUCAGAGGUCGAAAGUGGUAAAAGGAUACAUUUAUUAUAAUGCAGAUAUGCAUUUAUAUAAUUGCUAUAUAAUUGUUAGGGGAACAACGAUACUCUUAAUUACAUAAUGUAUAUGCAUAUUGGUACUUUGGAAUUUUAAGGGGGUGGGGGGCAGUGAUGACAUUACAUCCUUUACUC